AUGUACGAAGGGAUUGACAACUUGAAAUCCCUUUACGACCGUGCCGGGAAGACUUUCUCCGGCGGUCCUUCUGCGGCACAGGAUGUGCCGCGUCGUACUGCUCAACCAGACCCAGUACGUCGAUCAUCAGUUGGGAGCGGGGCUCCCAAGAAUCCCAGGACGGGGGAUAGCCGCGCCACAGGACGAGGUAACUCGUCCGACGUCCGUUCACGUCGCGGUGGUUCAACAGCUGCUCUACUAGAUAGCGCUGGCCACCGCGAGAGUCCUCUAAUGGAGGUGGAGGAGGAGGAAAGACGCUCUCCACACGAUCAUGUGGAUCGGUGUGUUCCCGAGAGCUUCUUUGAUCGCGUAACGCAAGGGUUACGCGACGAUCUCGAGCAUGAGCGGAAUAGGCGUCUCCAGAUGGUGGACACUGCCUCGAAGCAUCGAGCUGAGUUUGCCUUUGCUCAGCUUGAGAACGAGAGAUCUCUGACAUCUCUUCGUGACGAGCUAAGGGUAGCUCGUGGGAUUGUUGAUCGGUCUCGGGCUGAGAUAACUGCUCUUCAGACCCUUGUUGAUGCCCACCAUCGGGAGCACAAGGCUCUCUGCGAGAUGCUUGAGCGCAAGGGCGUUCUUCAUCGGAAGAAGCAGCGUACUGAUGGUACGGCUUAA